GGCGCUCAUCUCUUUCGCCGGUUGGCGCCGCGGAGUUUUCUAUUACCCGACGCGACCGCGCGCACUAGCGGCCGGCCACCGGCUAGUCCCUCCAGCCUGCAGCGCGCUCGCUUCCUUGGAUCGCUCGCUAGCUGCGGCUCACGCCUCCGUCCCUCCUAUUUCUUUGCUCGGGUCGGUCGGUUGGCCCAGGGGCUGAUCUGUGCUCGCGAAGGCAUUGACUUUGCCUCCCCCGGGGCGCGCGUGGCGAUGGACGCGGCGGGCAUGGCAGCUGGCGCGCCCAUACUGCCGCCGGACGCGUCCCCGCCGCCGGUGGCCGGGCAGGGCGCGGCGUUCCCGAUCGCCAUCGUCAUCGCCAUCGGGUUCAUGGUCACCUCGCUCAUCCUCAUCAGCUACUACUUCCUCGUCGUCCGCUGCUGGCUCCGCGGCGGCGGGCCGGGGUCCGGGCUGCUCCACCGCGCCCGCCGCGAGGACCUCGUGGAGCGGGUGUCCGCGGUCUUCUUCACCGACCUCGAGGCCGCCGAGCUGCCCGGCGGGCUCGACCCGGACGUCGUCGCCGCGCUCCCCGUCGUCAAGUACCGCCGGACACGGGCCGCGUCGGCGGCGCUCGAGUGCGCCGUCUGCCUCGCUGAGUUCGCGCCCGAGGAGCGGCUCAAGCAGCUGCCCAGCUGCUCCCACGCGUUCCACAUAGACUGCAUCGACACCUGGCUCCACCACAACGUCAGCUGCCCGCUCUGCCGCACCGUCGUCACCGGCGGCGUCGCGCUCCCGCUCGCCCGCGACGACCACGAGGGGUCCUGGCGGGAGCUGCAGGUCGGCGACAGGCACAUCGGCCCAGCGGCGAGGAUGGGGUACGGGAGCUCCUGCAGGUUCCCGACCAAGAGCGGCGCCGCGCAGGAGCCCAUCACGCGAUCCUUCUCCAUGGACUGCUUCGCCGGUGGUCUUGGCCGGAAACCGCCGCAGAAGGACCCUGCAGCUGGCAGCUCAGAGGCCGGGCCGAGCCGCGCCAACGCUGCCGCCGCUGCCGCCGGCAGCAGCAGCAACGUCGUCGCCGACCGCGGCGCCGGCGAGACGAGCGGGCGGUUCCGUCGGCUGCUCUCGUCGUUCGGGCUCGGCCGGAGCUCGCGGAGCACGGUGCUGCCGAUCCACCUCGACCCGUGACGGCGGCGGCGACGGGUUCGUGUCCUCGCAGCUCGAUUAACCCCGUUUCUUUGAUGAUUAAUUGAGUCGUGCCGUGUGCAUGCAAUGUACAGCAAUAGCAGAGACUUUGGUUCGAAUUUUUGUGAUCAGUAGCUAGUGUUCGUGGAUGGCAUUCCGUAUUCCCGUUCCGUUGAUUGGUUCUUGCAAUCUCCGCAUGUCCCCGCUUCUAGUGUCCUCGUGUUCGUACUUGACUCCGUGCUUGCUGGUGCACCAGAUGUCGUAGGAUGACAUGUCAACGGGUGCAGGUGUGCAACAUUGCCAUUACCAUUUCGUCAUCAUUUUGUUCAUGAUCGUUGACACUUA